AUGGGUAAGAACGUUAUACCAUUGGAAUCGAACCCAGAGAUAUUUAAUGGCCUUUCAGAGAAGCUCGGAUUGUCACCCGUGCUUCAAUUUCAAGAUGUUUACUCGAUAACUGAGCCGGAGUUGCUUGCCUUUUUGCCACAACCAAUUUAUGCUUUGAUUAUGUUAUUCCCAAUUACUGGAGGUAAUGAGAAGUACAGAAUCGAGCAAGACCAAGGGUUAGCAGAUUCGUCUCAUAACGACUUCAAGGAGAUCAAGUGGUUCAAACAAACCAUGGGGAACGCAUGUGGGUUAUAUGCUUUAUUACAUAUAUUAACUAAUUUACCUAAAGAUUUCAUUAUUGACAAUUCUAUAUUGAAUAAAACCUUUUUAUCUCAAUUGGAUGCUGAUUUGACAACUGAACAAAUUGAAAGUUUGAUCGAAACGUUAGAGUCCAAUAUUAAUUUGGAUGAAAAUUUCGGUAAUCAGGGCCAAACUGAAGCUCCUAAUGCAGAUUCGGAUAUUGAUUUGCAUUUUAUCACGUUCAUAAAAGGUAAAGAUAAUCACUUAUACGAGUUGGAUGGAAGAAGAAAAGGACCGGUUGAUUUGGGAUUAUCAAUUGAUGAUAAGCACAUACUUAAUGAUUCAAAAUUAAUUGAAAAAAUUCAAUUCUACAUGAAUAAUACUGAUGAAGCCAAUAAAAAUAACUUUGCUUUAAUGGCAGUUGGUCCGUCUCUUGACUAA